AUAGUGGCAACAGCGGGAUAGUGAAAAGUAGAUGGUAAUGAUCUUUAUCGGUGUUGAAGACAAAAAGAACAAGUAGAGCCGGACGUGACGGAUGUAAGAGACAGGAAGCCUAAUAACUUCGCCUUGCCGAGUGGGAUAGGCACGCGGCGGUGGCGGCAGCGGCCGGAACGCAGUGACGUACUUCCGUUGGUGGGAUUGGCCGCGCGCACGCUCACUUCCGUCGCGCCUGCGCAGGUGGCCCCCUACUCCCGGUUGUGGCGGGUUUUCGGGACCCAUAUUACACAUAUAUUAGCCUUUCAUAGGAGACUGUGCACUUUUAAUUCCUGAGGGCGAUGCGCUGUGGUGCAGCCGUCAGGGCCGGCCAGAAAGUCUGCAGGUGCCUGCUGUCUGGGUUUAGUCGAGUAGAUGGGAGGCAGUUGACGGAAGGGAGCGGCUCCUUUGUAGGGCCCUUGAGGUCGCACGGGGAGCUGCCCCCGGUGAGCGAGCUGAGAGAAGGCCCCGAGUCUGGCGGCGAGGAGAGCGAGGUGCUGGUUGAGAUCUGUCAGAAAAGGCGUUUCCUCAGUGGCACCAAGCGACAGCUUAGUCGAGAUUCUCUUCUGAGCGGGUGCCACCCCGGCCUUGGCCCCUUGGGUAUAGAGUUGCGGAAGAACCUGGCGGCAGAAUGGUGGUCCGCGGUGGUGGUGUUCAGGGAGCAGGUCUUCCCGGUAGACGCCCUCUACCAUGAACCAGGCCCUUCGCUGCCCGGGGACAGUGCCUUCAGGUUAGUUUCUGCAGAAACGCUACGCGAAAUCUUGCAAGACAAAGAGCUGAGUAAGGAACAGCUAGGAGCAUUUCUUGAGAACUUACUGAAAACUUCUGGGAAACUACGGGAGAACCUUCUUCACGGUGCCUUGGAGCAUUAUGUUAAUUACCUGGAUCUGCUAAACAAGAGGCUACCUUUUGGCCUUGCUCAGAUUGGAGUGUGUUUUCAUCCUGUUUCUGAUACUAAGCAGACACCUGAUGGUGUUAAAAGAAUCGGUGAAAAGACUGAAGCUUCACUGGUAUGGUUUACUUCAGCAAGAACUGCAAGCCAGUGGCUUGAUUUCUGGUUACGUCAUCGACUCCUGUGGUGGAGAAAGUUUGCUGUGAGUCCAUCUAACUUCAGCAGCAGUGAUUGUCAGGAUGAAGCGGGCCGAAAAGGAAACAAACUUUACUACAAUUUUCCGUGGGGAAAGGAGCCAAUAGAAACCCUGUGGAAUCUAGGAGAUCAUGAACUUUUACGCAUGUAUCCUGAAAAUGUAGCUCAAUUACAUGGCAGAGAUGGACGGAAAAAUGUGGUUCCUUCUGUUUUAUCCAUAAAUGGAGAUCUAGACCGAGGCAUGCUGGCAUAUCUCUACGAUUCUUUCCAGCUAACAGAGAACUCCUUUACAAGAAAGAAAGAUCUUCAUAGAAAGGUGCUUAAACUUCACCCUUGUUUAGCCCCUAUUAAGGUUGCUUUGGAUGUGGGAAGAGGCCCAACAGUGGAACUAAGACAGGUUUGUCAAGGGCUAUUUAAUGAAUUAUUAGAAAAUGGAAUAUCUGUGUGGCCUGGUUAUUUGGAAACUGUGCCAUCCUCAUUGGAACAACUUUAUUCAAAAUAUGAUGAAAUGAGUAUCCUCUUCACAGUGUUGAUUACUGAAGCUACUUUGGAGAAUGGAUUAAUACAUCUGAGAAGUAGAGACACCACAAUGAAGGAAACGAUGCAUAUAUCCAAAGUAAAAGACUUUUUAACUAAAUAUAUAUCAUCAGCUAAGAAUGUAUAGAUUCUAAUAUUUGUGUAAUAAAUAUUCUCCUUUCCUAAUUUGGUUGUCUUAUUUAACUGAGAUUAUUAUUAGUGGUUUUUUUUGGUGCUUUUUUUGAUUCAGUUUUUAUUAUAUUUCUUGAUGUAUUUCAUGGUAUCAGGAAUAUGUUCAGCUAUAAGAAACAAAAGGACUGCUAUACUGGCUUAAGCAAAUUGGAGUUUGUUUCUUUCAUAACAAGAAAUCGAGGGGGUAGACUGUCCAGAGCUGGUGUAAUUGUUUCCUCUAUAGUAGUUAGGGAGCAAGGCGCUUGGCUGUCUUUCCACCAUCUUUAGUAUAUUGGCUUUUAUCUUUAUACUUGUUUCUUCUUGGUCAUAAGAUGGUGGAUGUAUUUCUAGCCUUCUCAGCCACAUUCGAGUUAGGAAGAAAGUCAAAGAGAUAAGAGCUAGCCAGCCAAGGCUCUUCUGUUUUUAAUUAGGAAAGUAAAAGCUUUCCCAAACAUCCCGGUCAGAAGACUUAUUUACAUUUUAUUCUAUUUAUCAGAACUGAAUCACAUGGUCAUUACUAGGCCAGUCAUUGUCCAAGGGAAUGAGAAUAUCGUGAUUAAUUUGGAUCAAACACAAUUUAUCCCUUGGGGCAGUACGGUCUUGUCUUCUCUGAAAUGGGUUUUGUUAUCAGGAAAGAAGGGUCUUUAUAUACACUGUCAAAUAUCAAAGAUUAACCUAAAACUAAAAUUUUAAUAAUGAGAACAUUUAUUGACUUUUGCAAAGCAAGCUAAAAUAAAUGUUAAAUGGCAUAAUCUAAUAUUAGUGUAUUUCAUGUCUGAUUCUAAUAGAUAUGUUUAUAAGAAAUCUUUAAACUUUUGUGUGCUGAUUAUGUUUGUGUUAACUAUGUUGUCAUUACCAACCUGACAAAAAUUCUGAUACUUUGUGUAAAAUGUCUUAAAAGCUUGGCUGGCUUAUCUGAGUUGACUUUACUUAGUAGGUCUUUAUUUUUUGGUUCUUAUUUUUUGCUCUUGGGGAGAAUUUCAAACACAAACAUACACAGAAUAGUAUAAUUAACCCCAUGUACCUAUCACCCAGCACCGACAACCAUCAACCCUUGAUCAGUCUUGCCUCAUCCACCCCACAUCGCCCUUCUACGUUAUUUCGAAGCAGAUCGCAGCUAUCGGUUCAUUUGUAAAUAUUUUAGUUCAGGAUCUUUUGUUAAGUUAACCAUUCUCACGCCUGAAAAAAAUGAACAGUAGAUGAUAAUAGGAAUUAUUGAGAAUUUCCUUGGGUGUGAUAAUGAUAUUAUGGCUUUAUUUUUCUUUUUAAAAAGUCAUUGUCUGAUAGAGACACAUACUUAAAUAUUUUUGAGUAAAAAUAUAUGAUAUCGGAGACUUGUUUUAAAAUUUAGUUUUAAAAAGUGGUAGGGGCUUCCCUGGUGGCGCAGUGGUUGAGAGUCUGCCUGCCGACGCAGGGGACACGGGUUCGUGCCCCGGUCCGGGAAGAUCCCGCAUGCCGCGGAGCGGCUGGGCCCGUGAGCCAUGGCCACUGAGCCUGCGCGUCCGGAGCCUGUGCUCCGCAACGGGAGAGGCCACAACAGUGAGAGGCCCACGUAACGCAAAAAAAAAAAAGUGGUAGAAUAUGGAGGGAAAAUAGGGAUAGUGCUGAGUUGUUGAAUUUGAGUGAUGGGUACAU